UAUUUUUCAUUAAUAUUUAAAGCGAUUUUUCAAUAGCAUCACCACUACGGACAGCAAAUUUAGGUUGGAAUCAAUAAUGCAGCCCUGAGUAGAUGCCGUUAUAUCGUAGCUUAUUCAGAAUUUAAUAAUGAGUGCUUCUAGACAUACUAUAACUGCUCUUUUUUGUGUUGCUCAGGAUGAUGUUGUGUCGUUGCGAAUUUUAUGUUCACAAGCCCGCAGUUAUCAGCAGAAUAUAGAUGAACUGGACAUGUAUGGGAACACCGCAUUAUUAAAAGCUUGCUAUAUGGGAAGAUAUGAGUGCGCUCGCGUUUUGUUGGAUUUUGGGGCUGAUAUUCAUGCUGUCAACUAUUUUGGACAAAAUGCAUUAACUUUGGCAACAUUUGCUGGACAUUUGCCCUUGGUAUCGGAAUUAUUGCGCCACCGCACCUAUAAGGACUUUAAUUUGUCGUCGCUAAUUCCGGCUAUUUGUGUUGCAACAAUGCAACAGCACGCAUCUUUAGAGGAUUAUUUUAGACGUCUGGAGCCAAAAGGCAUCCAAGACCUUCAUACUGUUCAUGGCCAUGGAGUAAACGAAUUGCGACAAAUGGUAAAUAUGAAAUUUAAAAAAAGACAACCGCAGCUAUUUCAGAGAAUAUGAUUAAUAAUAAUAUACAAAUUUAUUUAAGUAAUUAUCUUUGAGAAUCAUUACGGUAAAUAAAAUGAAACAAUUCAGCCAGGGCUGCAAACAUACAAUCAGUACUUAUUUCAGUGGUUAGGCAACGCCAUUUAUUUGCGCCAAAUUGACAGCUGUUAUUCGCGCCAAAACGCCGAGUUUUGCCGCGACGAAGGUAUUUAUCAUCGAAGAGUCAAACAAGAAACACGCUGCUCGCAAGCGGUUGUACUUUAUUUCUAGAAUUGCAACAAGAAUAAAAAAUA